GGGUUAUGUCACAAAUCACAUAGAUAAACACGAGUAAGCAGACAGAUCAGAGAGUAGAUAUCAGUAGAGAGUAACCUCUGUGAUCUGUGGUUAUGUUACCUGUCACAUAACUUUUAUAAAACAGGGAAAAUAUGGCUUUAUUUAUCAGAAAAGCAACAUGUAUUCCCGUAACGCCUUUGGUUCAGAUUAAGAGAUUUCGGGGCAAAAUUAACAUCCAAAGGCCCAAACCUCCACAUUUUGCAAAAGCGAAAUUUAUUGAACUCACACGACCAUGGUUUUUAUCGAAGAAGUAUGGCAAGAGUCCCAUGGAGUUGUGUUCCAACUUGACAGACCCUCGGAAAGAUAAACAGGAGGAACGAAAUAUAUUCCAAGAGAUUAUUGCUCAGGAUUUGCACCAAAGGCUUAAAACUUCGAAGUUGGUGGUUUUUUGCCAUUACAACCCAAUGACCACAGACCAACAGUUUUCUGCCCGUGUCAGCUUUCAUAAAUUGAAGAUGUAUUUUAAACAAUAUGGGAAAAAAACUUUAGAAUUGGCCGUUAAAGGAACACCAUAUGAGGUCCUACUUGACUUCUAUGUGUCCCAUAACAUGACGAUAUUUAGUCCUGAGCCGGAAAUAAAAAAACUACUGCAAGUUUUGAAGAAAUUUCCGCAACUAAUUUUGCUAGCUGGAAUCUAUGAGAACCGUUUAUUGAGCAAAGAAGACCUUGUCAAAUAUAGUAAAAUACCCAACAUACAAGCUGCUCAAUCAGAGUUAGUUCACACACUAAACACCGCAGGCUCACAGUUAGUAAGUAGCCUUAACAGGCACCAAACCACUUUGGUAUCACGCUUGGAGCAAAGAGCCUCUCAGUUGGAAGAUAACAAAUCCUAAAGCAUUGAAGGAUUUAUUCAUAGUCUUGAUCAUAAAUCAUAAAAUAAAUAUGUCUCAUUUAUUUGGCUGA